UCGUAACAAUGGCGAUCGAUAUGAACAUCAUCCUCAUGCUCUCCUCUUUCAUUCUCUCCAUCUACUACUUCUUCAACAGAAAACCCAAGAGUUCGAAACCUCUAAACCUACCACCAGGCCCACCAAAGCUACCCAUCAUUGGAAACCUCUAUCAGAUUGGACUAGCACUCCCGCAUCGUGCUUUCCUUGACUUGUCCAAGAAAUACGGCCCCAUAAUGAGCCUGCAACUCGGACAGAUCUCCAUGGUCGUCGUCUCGUCACCUCGGUUAGCUGAAGAAGUUCUAAAAAAUCACGACCUAGCCCUCGCAAGCCGCCCAUAUGCACUUCUUGCUGAUAUUCUGUUGUACGGAGGCAUUGACAUUGCUUUUGGUCGUUACAGUGAUUACUGGCGACAAAUGAAGAAGAUCGUCACCAUGGAACUCUUGAGUGUCAAGAAAGUUCAAUCCUUUAUGGGCUUUAGGGCGACAGAAAUCGAUCGUUUCACGGAGGUGGUUCAAUCCUGCGUUGGAAAGCCUGUACACAUACGUAAAAGGGUUAUGAAAAUGAAUAAUACUGUCGUGUGCAAGUGUUUGUUUGGAAAUGAUUGCAGACAACAGGAUGUGUUGAUCGAAUUGGCUGAACAAGUGGUGACGUUAUCCAGUGGGUAUUAUGUUGCUGACCUGUUUCCUACGUUAACUUUCCUUUCUACCAUUUCUGGGAUGAAAUCUAGGUUGACGAAGAUUCACAAGUCUCUUGAUAACAUUUUUGAUGAAAUCUUUGAGGAACGUCGAAUCAGAAGACAAACAGUUGGUCCAACAGAAGAUGAUCUGAUUGAUGUUCUUUUCAACAUCAAAGAGCGUGGUGGUCUUCGGUUCCCAGUCACUGAUAACAAUAUCAAGGCGAUCUUUCUGAAUAUGCUUAUAGGAGGAACGGAUACAAGUGUUGUAACGAUUGAAUGGGCAAUGACAGAGUUGAUGAGAAACCCUGACGUGAUGAUGAAAGCUCAAGCAGAAGUGAGAGAAGCAUUUAAAGGAGAGAAAACAAUCGCGGAGACUGAACUACAUAAGUUGGUUUACCUUAAACACAUAAUCAAAGAAACUUUAAGACUUCACAUUACUAUUCCACUAUUACUACCAAGGGAAUGUAGAGAACAAGUUAAAAUUGGUGGGUAUGAUAUACCGGUGAAAAUGAAAGUUGUUGUUAAUGGUCUUGCAUGCGGAACUGAUCCUGAAUAUUGGGAUGAUGCACAAACCUUCAAACCAGAGAGAUUUGAGAACACUUCAUACGAUUUCUUUGGUACAAGCUUUGAGUAUAUCCCGUUUGGAUCAGGGAGGAGAAUUUGUCCUGGGAUUGCUUUUGGUUUGGUGUCUAUUGAGCUCACUCUUGCUAGAUUGCUAUACCACUUCAAUUGGCAACUUCCUAAUGGAUUAAGUCCUAAAGAUAUUGACAUGACUGAGAGUCAUGGAGUCACUGCAAUUAAGAAAGAUUCAUUGGAGGUUAUCCCAACUGUGUUUAUUCCGUUUUGAUUACUAAUUCGUUAAAAUUAAUAAAGAAUAAAGGUCCUU